AUGAGUGGAUCUAGACGUGGUCUUGUUGCACCACAGAAUACAUUUCUAGACAAAAUUAUCCGUCGAUGCAAUGGACAAUUUUAUAGUUUUGUACUGGCCAAUGCACGUAUAGUCGACUAUCCCAUUGUCUAUUGUAAUGAAGGAUUCUCACGGUUAACUGGUUACAGUCGUGUGGAUAUUAUGCAGAAGAGUGGAAGUUGUGCAUUCUUCUACGGAGAACAGACAACUAAAGAAAUGCGUGAACGUCUACUUAAAGCACUGGAUACUCAAACACCAGACCAAAUUGAAAUGUUAUUUUAUAAAAAAAAUCGUCUUCCAUUUUGGUUGCUUGUUUGUGUUGCUCCAGUAAGAAAUGAAUGUGAAGAGGUUGUACUAUUCUUGUUGGCGUUUAGAGAUAUAACAGCUCUGAAAACUCCAUUCGAAGAUGAGGAGACAACAAAAGGUUUAAGUAAAUUCGCUCGACUGGCUCGUUCAGUUACAAGAAAUCGUUCAGUGCUACAACAGCUGUCAGUAUCUCAAACAUCUUCACAGAACACUGGCAUGAGUUUAUAUCGAAGUAAUAGGCUAACAGCAUGUGGUGGGGGUGGAGGUGGGAGUGGUGGUGGUGCCGGCAGCGGUGGUACUGACAGUGAUGGUGGUCAAGUGGAACAGUACGGUUCACCGGGUCUAUCAAAUUUUCAAAAUCUCAUCGCUAGUAACAGUUCACGAUUUCAUGACUCUUCAAGGUCAGAUCCAGAAAAAGCUGCAAUGUCCACAUCUUCAUGGAUUGAUUUAGUUCCACCGUAUAAACAAGAAGCCCCAAAAACCCCACCUCAUAUCAUAUUACAUUAUGUUGCAUUUAAAACUACCUGGGAUUGGCUGAUAUUAUUUUUAACCGGUUAUACAGCUGUCAUGGUACCAUUCAAUGCAGCAUUUAAGAGUAAAACAAUGGAUGAUGUCAGCUUUUUAGUUGUUGACAGUAUUGUCGAUGUGAUAUUUUUUAUAGAUAUUGUACUUAACUUUCAUACAACUUUUGUCGGUCCAAAUGGUGAAGUGAUAUCCGAUGCAACAAUUAUACGUAUUAAUUAUUUAAAAGGAUGGUUUAUAGUCGAUGUGUUAUCCUGUCUACCGUAUGAUGUAUUCAAUGCAUUUCAACCAGAAGCAACACAGAGUACAAUUAGUUCAUUAUUUGGUGCAUUAAAAGUUGUUAGAUUAUUAAGAAUUGGUCGAGUUACACGUAAAUUGGAUCAAUAUUUAGAAUAUAUGGCAGCUAGUUUAUUAUUAAUGAUAUCUGGAUUUGUAUUACUUGCACACUGGUUAGCUUGUGUAUGGUAUAGUGUUGGUCAGACUGACUUGAAAAAUGGUAUUUAUUAUGGAUGGAUACCAAGAUUAUUGAAUGAUAUUGAUCAGGGAAAAUCAAUACCAACCAAUUGGACAAGUGGCAAUCCUCCACUUCCGCGGACAAUGACUUAUGUAACAUCCCUGUACUUUACAUUAUCCCUCAUUACAAGUAUCGGUUUUGGUAAUGUAUCAGCUACAACAUUCGGUGAGAAAUUGGUUGCUGCUGUUUUUAUGCUUAUAGGAGCGUUUGGUUAUGCUACAAUUUUUGGUAAUGUAACAACAAUAUUUCAAGGAAUGUAUGCCACACGAUCACGAUAUCAUGAUAUGAUGGCGUCAGUGAAAGAUUUCAUUAAAACGCACAGUGUUCCAAAAGAUCUAGCUGAACGUGUAAUUGAUUAUGUGACGUCGACAUGGGCGAUAACAAAAGGAAUAGACACAGCCAAGGUAUUAAAUUACUGUCCAAAAGACAUGAAAGCAGAUUUAUGCAUUCAUUUAAAUCGUAUGGUGUUCAAUGAGCAUCCAGCCUUUCGACUAGCCAGUGACGGGUGUUUAAGAGCACUAGCUGUUAACUUUAAUACUAUACACACAGCACCAGGGGAUUUAAUAUUUCAUCAAGGUGAAAGUAUUGAUCAAUUAUGCUUUGUUGUCUCUGGUUCACUUGAAGUAAUUCAAGAUGAUGAAAUUGUAGCAUUUUUAGGUCGUGGUGAUGUAUUUGGUGAACCAUUCUGGAAAGAUCCCAACAGUAUGAGUCAUUCGGCGGCUACAGUCCGUGCACUCACCUACUGUGAUUUACAUUGUAUUAAAAAAGAUUGUUUACUACAAGUAUUAAAGUUCUACUCGGCAUUUGCAAACAGUUUUGCGCGUAAUUUAGUGCUCACAUAUGAUUUAAAAACACGGCUUAUUUUUCGUAAACUUGCUGAUGUCAGAAGGAAUAUGAACUGGCUGAACAUCGUAAAGCAGACAACGCUCUGCACACAUAAUCAGUCGACAAAUGAUUCUCCAGUCGGUAGUGGUGGUGGUGGUGGCGGUGGAGGUGGAAGUGGUAUUGGCGGUCUAACUGACAGUGAAAUAAUGCGUAUAAGUCGGAAAUCAAUAACACUAGGCGAUUAUGAUGAUUUCGGCAAGGAAUUCGAUUUCACUGUUAAAAGUGAAGAUAAACAAAGAAGUCAUAGUAAAGAAGGAGAAAGUCCAAGUUCGUCAACUGGCAAUAGUAAUAACAAUAAUACAACAGUCACUACUACUAAUAAUAAUAGUAACAAUAAUAAUAAUAACAAUAACAACAAUAGUAAUGCGGUAAGUGCAUUGGAUGAAAUCGCCUCUAGAUGGGGUAAACGUAUGGAGUUGAAAGGCGGCAAUAAGACAAAUAAUUCCACGUCUAUUCAACAAUCGAAUCCAACUACUAAUAAGGAUUCAACAAAUAACGAGAAUAAUAGUUAUACGCCUACUGCUACUAGCAGUAGCAGUAACACUAAUACAACUACAUCAAAGUCAUUGUUACAAUCCAAAUGGGGCAGUCUAAUGAAAUCAUCAACAAUCCAAGAAGAACAGGAUCAACAGCAUCAAAAUAAAUCAAAACGUGUAUCCAAUGCUACUACUACUACUACUACUGCUACUGUAGCGGUGAAAAAACGAAGUAUUCAAGUGGCAGACGUAGGAGAAGACAAAGAGGAGGAGAAUUUAGGCAUAAAAAAGUCACUCUUGGAGAAUCAAUCAAAAAUGAUAGAAGAACGCUUUAGAAAACUGGAGUUAUCCAAUGAUACAAUAUUAGAAUGUUUAAUAAAAAUGCAAGAUGAAUUAAAAUCAGAAUUAGGCAAUUUAAUGAAUCGUAUGAACAGUAUUGAUGAUAGAGUAGCUCAACUGGUUUCAACUAUUGAAAGUAGGACUGCACAAGAUGAUGAAAUUCGUCAAGAAUUUAGGCAUUCUCAACAGAAACAACAACAGCAGCAACAACAACAACAAGAUAAGUUACAGAAUCAAAAAAGUCAAAGUACAAAAUUUCCUAAAACGAUAUUCACACCGCCAUCAUUAUCGUCAACUACUGCCACUGCCAGUGCUGCUGCUUCUGAGUCACCUACCUCUUUAAAAUCCCGCCGCACUUCCAAUCUAACUAAUUCGAACAAAAUUCAUCCAUUAGAAUAUUCGAUCGAUUCGAAAUUCAGUCACCACCACCAUCCCCACCAUCAACAACAACAACAACAGCAACAACAACAUCUGGAUAGGCGAUUAAAACAAGGCGUUUCACAUGGAUCCUACCAACAAAGUAAAGUUGAAAGAGAUUUGUUUAAUUUGAAUAAAAUCGAUGCGUAUGGUACACAGUCACGGCGUAGUCCACCAAGACAACGUAUAUCACAAUUCUAUAAACAGUAUUCAGGUGAAACAGACAGUCAAUUAGAGCCUUUAUCAACUGAAAGUGAAUCAUCACUUCAGUCGAAUGAACAAAUCAGUAUGCAUAAUCUUCCUUCACAGAUUAUCUCUCCCAGAUAUAAACACACACCUCAUUAUCAGAUGCAUCCAUCUAUACCAUCAACUAAUUUCUGUUCUGUUUCACUGCCAACAUCAAUUACUGAAAUGAAGAGUACACGAUCAUCUGUGCCCACAGAAUACAGAUUAUCUUUACCAUCAGGGGAUAGUGAGAAUUUUUUAUUUCAAACACUUCAUUCACCACAAGUUGAUUUCAGUGUUGAAACACACUCUUGUCGAAAUCCUUUUAUUUCAAAUGUUAGUGUGUCUGCUGAAAAUGUUUCCACGCAUGUUACAUGUCAUAGUGUAACAACAAGUUCACAAGCAUUAAAAUUUCCACGCUUAGUUGUCUCAGAAAGUCUGUUACACCAACCAUCGAGUAAUAUGUUGGUUACUCCGUCUGGAAGGACAACACUCUUCUCAGAUACAAAUCUAUUCUCACCUACUACCACUGUGCCUAAUUCGUAUAUUACUACUACUACUACAGAUAACUAUCAGACGUUUGUAAAUCCAUGGAAUCUUAUUGACAGUCUAUCAUUGUCAGAUACAAUGUCCACUGAGCCAACAAGAUUAUUUGUACCAGACUCUUCAAUAGUGACAACAACAACAACGACAACAACAAUAACAUCAAUACCAUCAAUAUCAUCUGGUCAACAUCCGACCAUUUCACAGCACACACCAUCUGCAUUCACCCACAGAACUACAACAACGCCUACUAGCACUACUAAUAGUAAUAAUAAUAAUAAUAACAACAGUACUAAACAGCGCACUUCUAGGGAUUUCACUCUGACUAAACAAUAAAUAUAUUUUUGUGUUGUUCUUUUUUUUUUAUUAUCCACUGCCCUGUUCCUUCUCCAACCCCUUCCUUUACCAACUAUUCAAAACUUCCAUGUAAUAAUGAAGCGUCAAAUUAGUCACAGAACAGAAGUGCAUAUAAAUACAUUAAUAUCAUUUGUUUAACAUUCAACGCACACGCACACACACACACACAUACACACACAUAUACUCACAUAACAUUCAUCCAAUCAUCCCUAUAUGACGAUAAUAAUAACAAUAUCUUUCAAAAUACAAUGUGAAUGAAUGUCAAUAAAUAGGUGUACAAACUGUCAUGCAAAUAAAACAAAAAGGUUAAUUAAUCUAGAGAGCAAAUUUUUUGAACAGAGGACCAUCUCGACGAUUUUAUUAGGAUCCUGUGUUUCACACAAGCUAGAGAGACAGAGGAACAACAGCAACAGCAACAACAACCACAAAAGAGUACAGAUAAUAAAAUAAAAUAUCGAAAUUGUACAUAAUUAUCUAGUGAAAUUUUAUUUUAAAUCUUAAAAAAAAUAUUUGAAAUCUUAUUGAUGACUUUUGUAAAGUUAUAUAGCUACUACUAC